AUGUCAGCCGUUGAAGCGGAAAUCGUUAGCCCAAUGGCGGAUGAGAUGAACACGCCCACCGCCACCGACGCGUCCACUUCGAGCACGAGUGUGCGACAUUCAAGACGUAAACGAAAACAGCCUAUGAUCGACUAUGAUAAUCCACGAUUCAAAGGGCCGGUCCCGGAAGAUCUGCUAGCCUGUGGGCAGCUUCACAAACGAAUAAUGGCCAAAGACGCAGAGCACUUCGCCUUCUAUUUCUACUACCCUGUCGACGUCGAGCGCUUGGGGCUUGUCGACUACUACGACAUCGUCACACAGCCCAUCGAUCUGAGCACGAUUCGAAAGAAGCUCGAUUACAGACAGUACGUGAACGCCGACGAAUUUAUGGCCGACCUUCAAUUGAUGCUGGACAACUGCUUCAAGUACAACCCGCCCUUCGAUAUGGUCCACCAGGCCGGACGACAACUGGAAAAGUUCAUCAAAGAACAAUGGGCUCAAAUUUAUUCGGCAAAGCCUCCCAAUAACAACAAUAACAAGGCAACUUCUUCCGGGACGAGCCGAGCCGAAGCGAUCGAUGACUACAGGAAGCAAAUGGAAGUGUGGGAGAAGCGUCGCAAGGAUUGGCUGCAGAGAUCGGCGGCGCUUCGCCGGGAGCUGAUGGCGCUAGCGCCGGGCGCCUUGGUGCCGAAAGCCUUGGAGAAGAAGAUCGAACAAUUGAUCGCUGAAGACGCCGAGCACCCGGAGCCCAAGAAGGUCAAGCUGAAGAAGCAGGACAAGCCGCGCGCCGCCUACCGACUUGGCAACAAGGGCCCGGCGCUAACGAUGGAGGAACAGCAGGAGCUGAGGGAGGCGGUUCCACGACUCACGCCACGUGAAAUGCACCAUUUUGCUGAACUCGUCGACGCACUGGAGGGCUCGAACAUUGCUGAAAAGACGAGGGAAGUCGCACUGGAUACGUCAUCAUUGAAGCCCAGCACGGUGCGCGAGCUGCUUCGUCAUGUCAGAAGCCUCGCCUCGGAAAAAUCUCGUGCUCCUCGCCAACAAUCCUCCCCCGGUUGGGAGUGCCCGACAAGCCACAUGCCCGAUCUUUCCGAGUCUUCCUCCGAAGACGACGAUUCAUUUGAUCGGCUAACUGAGCGU